AAUUUCGUGUCAUUUUCCGAGCGCCACUGAUGUCAGAUUAUUAGAAGAAAAAUCUAAAAGAAAUAUCUCUGCAUUCGUUCAUUCUUCCACGUGUUGCUAUAAAUAGAUUCAGGUGCCGACAAAUUUAAUCACACUUGUCUCGAAGAGUUACGCAAUCGUACAAGUGACGUAAUCCAUUGUCUUUUAUUAGGAUGUUAAAGCAAACAAAGCACCGUACACGUCUCUCAACUUUCAGUCUGACCCAAAAAUAACCGUCUGACCCCAUAAAACAAUUUAUACCCUGAAUGAAAAGUUACUUUGCCUCUCUAACUUCCAAAUCGUCGGGAAAUAUCAAAAGGUGACCCACUUUUUUUGAGUUGCCUUUAGUUUACAUUAAAGCGAUUAGAUACGUCUCCAUUUUAAAAACACAGGCUUCACUACAUCACUGUAAGACUGUAGUAUGAUUGGUAUGAUUCUAUUUCGAUUUAAACUCUUUUGAAGAGAACUUCCGAAAGUUGAAAUUGAACAAACUGAAUAGAAAAGAACUUCCGAGUUAAAUGAACGUCUAACGCAUUUGCACUGAGACCCUGAAGUGCACUAUGAUCUGUCAAUAGGAAGAAAGGACACUCAAAUUGUGCCUUGUCAUCAGGUGCCUAGAUUUAGACAGACACAAUUUUCCCCAGUCUUUAACUCCUUUCAUUCCACGGAUGAAGAUCGAUUGGUUGUAGUGCGGUUAAACGAGGUGUUAUUAUUGUCCGCUGUUUUGCGGUUAUUUGAAUAUCGAUCGAGUCAAAAAAGCUGAGCUGGAUUUUUGUUCUAUUUUUGCUCUUUUCUGUCUGCUUGGAACGGAAAAAACAACGAUCCAACAGAAAAAGAAGUGUGUGCUUUUCAAGUAUCUUUUUUUAUUUGCGCCUAUGUUAAUAAAUGUUACACACUCUUUAUUGUAUCAUCUGACAAAAAAAUAUCCCUCGGAACGCGAUCGGAUUUAGCCACUAAUAUUUCGUCAUCUCAAUUUUUAGUAGUUGAUAUUUUACUCCCUUUAAUUCCCUUCCUUCUAUUUGCUAUUACUCUAACAGCGAAUAAACAGUUUUGAAAUAAAUAUAUUCUUUUUCCCAAAAAUUUGAAAAAUGCUGAGUUUUAAUUUGCCAAUUUUUUAUCAGUUUUUAGCAAAUUCUGAUCCCCGUUAGUAAAUCCCUCUCGGCGCCGCGAGUUACCUUAAUUGUAUUUUUUACAAAAAAAGCACGCGACCUAUAAUUACUUUUUUGUUUAUUAUUUUCCCCUUCCCUAGUAAAUUCUUCCCUUUUUUACUUUUACCUCGUCACUUUAUUUCGCGAUAGAAUACUAGUGUCGCACUCUUGCUCUUAAAUUAAACUGCAAUUCUAUUUUUUUUUCUUCAAACAGUUCUUUAGCUCUUCUCUAUUUAUUAUUAUUUCCUUUUUUGGCACUUGGCUUGAACAGGUUCUAUCAUGAUUUAUUUUCAUUUUGACUAUAUUUCUUCUGUUCUGUUGUGAACUUUCUGUUUCUCUUUCGUUUCUGUCGCUCAGUUUACUUUUCGCCUUAAAUUGUAAACAAAAACUUACUUACUACUAACAAGAACCCCUGAGGUGGCAUUUGCCUCGAUCGAUACCACAAUUUGGGUAAACUUAGUUUAAGAUUUUAGAAUACAGAAGUUCGUUUGCUGUAUUUGAGUUUCAGCAAACUAACUUCUUUAUUUCCUCAAAGUCUAUCAGGCCCUUCCUUCGUUGUCAAAGCUUUCAGUCAAUGUUCUUCGAUGAGACAUGAUUACCAAUCCUAGAAUAAUCGGCGGAGCCAAUUUAACGUGUGUCAGUUUCAUCUAAGAAGGUACAAAAUACAGCUUCUGUUCUGAGCCAACCAAAUUUGUCUUCAUAAUCUCAAUCUUUUGUACAAUUUAUAUUCAGUUUACUUUUAAUUUAUUUCUUCAACCUAAGAAAUCGUUUGCAUUUGCCGUUUGCAUCAGGUUUCAGCUGCGUUUGAUUUUAGAUGCUCUUUUAAACUCUUAGAAACGUGAUCAGCACGCAAAUUUGCCCUCUUUUUUGUUACUUUCGUAUCUAAUUUAGCUGUUUAAUCCUGAAGUUAUCAUUUGAAGCAACUUAGCACAAAAUGGCUUCCACGACAGUUAGUCUAUUAGCUUUACUUCUAGUUUUUGUUGGCAAUUUGACACUUUUACUGUCUGGACUUGUGGUGGUGACUGGAGUUCCUCUGCCGAUGAAAGACAUCUUGUGCCAAGACCAGCUCACUCCAGCCGGAUGCUACUGCAGUUCCAUGCACGAAAGCAAGCUUGUGUGCAACCAAGUUCCCUCCGACAUUCCGUUUCCAGUGACAGAAUUGAGCUUCGAUCGUCUAGAGUACGGCCUCAUUCCGUUCCAGAUCAGCCACUCUAUUCCAGGUGCAGAAUCAGUCACGAAAAUAUCAUUCCAGACCAGUCUGGUGCGAACUCUGGGAGCCCAGGCUUUUGCCGCUUUUCCCAACCUACGCAAUCUAAACCUGGAAGAUGUCAAUUUACGACUGGUUGACCCGGAAGCUUUCACACAGUUGCCGAAUCUGGAAGUACUCAAACUAAAUAGCAACAAGCUAUCAGAAGAUAUGAUCCCUGCAUUGUCAAUUUUGGGCACAUCUUUGCGCGUUUUAUACAUAGAAAACAACUACAUCGAGAGUCUUGACAAAUAUGAUGUCCUUAACUUGCAGACCUUAGAAAAUCUUCAAGAGUUCAAGUUUUUCAGCAAGCAUCUAUUUUGUGGAUGUGAUUUGUUCCACUUAGUAACGUGGAUCGAAACUUCUGGAAUCGUAGUUCCAGAUGACGCUGUAUGCACAGGAAAAUUCUCUGAUCUGAACAUGGGCGAACUUAAGAAUGAGUUUCCCAGGUGUGAAUACUUACAUUACCCGAUGCUGACUAACAUUACUGCUUUAUCCUGCAGCUCAUUAUACUUGCGAUGGGAGUUUGAGGGUUACCUUGAGUCAAAUGAAUCUGUGACUUUCACUGUCAACCUGAAAUCAGAACGAAGUGCCAUGAGUUUGCAGACCAGCAAAAAAGAGGUGAUCGUCAAUAAUUUGAGCCCUGGUGCUUUGUACGGACUAACAGUGUCAGUAUCGAUUAACAGACCGGGCUACCAUCCUGCAACCUCCAAAGAACGAUCUGUCGGAAUCCACGAGUACAGUAACGAUGGUGUUAGCUUUAAUUGCCUCUAUCAUUCUACACAUUUCGCCUCAGGUCUAACUUGGGAUCUGACUUACAAAAUUAUCGCCGUGCUAGUUUUGGUUUUCACUGCUUUGCUCAUCAUGAUUCUCUGUGUCGCUGUGAGCAGUUUCUGUUGCAAGAAACGUAGCGCACUCACCCCAACUAGGUAUGAACCGAGACCCGCAUAUGGCCACGAGCCUAGAACCGGAAAUGCUGCUGCUUUACUCGCAUACGCUCAUUUGGACUUCGAGGGACCUCGAACUUCGUGUGAUCAUCUGAAGCGACAGAUUCUCAACUCGCACGGAGUCACUGCCGUAAACCCAGAAAACGUUGCGUAUACCUCUGUGCUCUUAACUGGAAAGUUUGGAACUAUGUUCGAAGGGGACGCGGUCAUGAUCAGGCGAAAUCAGUACCACUGUAAAAUUACUGCAAUAGAAUUUUCACAGCGAAGAUUGUUUGAAAGAUCUGGAAUGAAGUUGACUGAAUUAGCUGCCUUGAAUCAUCCUAACGUUCUCAACAUCCUGGGCGUCGUUGACACUUCGUCUAACGGUCCAUUGACACUUCUUUUUGACCACUUAGCUGAUUAUUUGGAUGUGAAAACGUUUCUACAUCAAGUUGUGCAAGGUUACAACUCCUUUGGAGCUACUUCGCCGACUGAGGCCAAAAAUUUGAUCAUCAGCCAAGUGGCAGCCGGUAUGAAAUACCUAUCUUCCAAACAAUUUGUUCAUGGCGAUUUGUCAGCACGAAACUGCGUGUUCACGCGAAACAGACAGGUGAAGAUUUCCCUCACUGGAGCUGGUGUUGAUUUGUACCCCUACGACUACUUCCAAAACGGGGGUAGAAAUCUACCCAUUCGCUGGAUGAGUCCUGAGUGUAUACAGUAUGGCACCUGCAGUUCGCAUUCCGAUGUUUGGUCUAUGGGGGUGCUAAUGUGGGAAGUGUUCAGCAAUGGAGCCAUGCCUUAUCAUUACAUAGCCGACACCGAAGUUGUUGCAGCUUCCGUUAUCAGCAAGGGUUCUCUUCUUCGACAGCCGAGAGAUUGUCCAAAAGAAGUCUGGAACAUAAUCCGCGACUGCUGGAUCGCUGAACCGAUUAGCCGAAUCAAUUUUGAAACAAUCGAAAAUCGACUGCUGAAAGAAGUUUGGAAUGUCAGCGUGAUUGACAAUGACUCGGUGGCUGACAAUGAAAGUGUGAACCAGUACCACACAAUGAUGAACCGGUUGCAUCUCACUUCCGUUUUGGGUCUAACAGGCGAAGCCGAGACCGAAGACGACUACAAUGUCACUUUCGCAGCCAAUCACAACAACAUGUCGGCUCAUUUUACGAGAGGCAAUGGAAUCCCAACUCACUGGGUGUGAAUUUGAAGUUUCUGUCAUUGUGACAACUCAGCAGUAUUAAAUGUGCUUUUGCGUUGCCUACAAACUCUUUUUGUUCAGAUGACUAUUUUGCUAGAGCCAUUAAAGUUUUGUAAACUUCAGAAAGAUUUUGCAGUUUUAAUUUACUCUUUCAAACGAA